GGCCCGCUCGCCUCGCUACACUCUCAUAUCGCGCUCGAUUUUACAACCUGACAUUAACAACUCUGGUUUUUGGAAACGACAGUCGGAAAGCCUCGGAUUAAGUAGUCACUAUCGGUCGCCGGCGCCGCAUACCAUCAGUGCUGUGCGUGGUUCAAAUAACGAACAGUGCUUCCACUUUUACUAACUCUCACUUUUAGUGCCACUUAAUAUGACAGCCAGUAAUAAUUGCAGCACAAUCGAUCUGACCAAAUCGAGUCUACGUCUCACCGGUGACAAAGAAGAGGAGACGUGGCGGGAGAAAUCGAAAAUUUUAUUAAAACAGAUAAAAUACUUGUUCAGUGAGAUCACAGUUGAACCAUGCCUGUUUGUUUACAUGCUGUGCACGGCGUUGUCGUCCAUUGCAGUGCAGAACAUGCACUUGGAGAAGUCAUGUCGCGUUAAUUGCGCUUUCAGUGAGGAGAUAUGCGAUCGUAUUAGAGACAGAAACACGACUGGCCUGGAGUCGGAGCUGAACCAGGUACAGUCGCUGGUGGCUAAGAUUGUCGCCUGGAAGUUUCCCCUCCAAACGGGCAUCCCGGCUGUGAUGGUGCUUUUUAUUGGAGCAUGGAGUGACAGGACUAAGAAACGGAAGAUAUGUAUCCUGGUUCCAUUUCUGGGGGAAAUUAUUACAAAUAUUGGCCUUUUAUUGGCCACUUACUAUUUUUACGAGCUAUCGUUGAUCUCUACCGCGUUGAUAGAAGCGUUACCGUCUGGGUUUAGUGGCAGUUAUAUUGUUAUAUUCAUGGGGAUGUACAGCUAUAUGGCUGACAGGACUACAGUUGAAAGCAGGACGUUUCGUUUGGGGCUAGUUACUAUAUGUGUGAGUUUGGGCACUCCUACGGGAACUGCUCUUAGUGGAAUACUGUUAAGAUCAGUUGGAUAUUAUGGUGUGUUCUCAACGUUAAUAUGUUUGCAUGUUAGUGCGUUUGUGUAUGGUGUUUUAAGACUUGAAGACGUGUUACCUGUUGAGAAUGAUCGACCUAUGCGUGAGGGUGGGCAAAGUAGAUUUAGACAAUUGUUGCACGAUGUAUUUGGUCUGGUCACUACCACCGUGUUGGUGGCAGUCAGGCCACGUGCGUUGGGCAUGAGGAAGCAGAUACUGUCAGUGAUCAUCCUGUACGUUAUUAUGGUUGGACCGUUAUAUGGUGAUUCGCAAGUAAGCUACUUGUACGCGAUAAGAAAAUUUAACUUCAACGGAGUUGAAUACAGCGUGUAUGGAACGAUCAAUAUCGUUUUAGGAUUAUUUGGAACAUUCUUCUGCAUAACAAUCCUCUGCAGAACAUUCCACGUACAAGACAGCUUGAUUGGCUGCCUGGCCGGUGUGAGCAGGAUAGCGGGUUGCUUGGCAUUCGCUCUUUCUCCCACCAGGACGUGGUUCUAUGCGGCGCCAGUCUUUAAUAUCUUCAGUCAUACUGGCCUGACAGCUGUAAGAUCUAUUGCCACUAAAAGUGUGGCUGUGGAAGAAGUAGCAAAACUCAGCUCAGUGAUAGGCGUGAUGGAGGCCUUGGCGCCUUCAAUAUACAUGCCGACUUCCAGUUUUAUAUACGUGCAUACGAUUGACACGUUCCCUGGUGCAUUCUAUAUGUUUGACGCUGCGCUCACUGUUGUGGCCCUGGCUUUAUUUGUAUACAUCUAUGUUUUGGUGAAACGAAGAGACGUGGUCACAAACCCAAGUAGAAAAGAAGAAUAUGCAAGAACGAACGAAGUAUCUAGAUUUUAAUGAUAUAAAUUGAUAUUAAAUUAUAAUAGAAAUGUUAAUUUAAUAGACAUAAUAAUCAAAAGCAGGAUAUAAAAUAAUAAUAAUCAGCGAUUUGCAUACUGAGGACAGUAAGGUGCCAUUGUAAUAGAUUUGCUAGUUUCUUCUUAUUAGGCGCUAGUCUUGGUA